AGAAGAAUCUCGCGAGAAAUUCAACCGGGAAGCGAGGAUGAACGCGAAUGGCGGCUAGUACCGGAAGUCUACUUGUGAUUUGUAUUUGCUGAAGGCUUUUAAUGCCAAAUUGUGUGGAACUGUUGUGUAGAAGUUCGCCGCAGGAUAAUGCUGACUCGGCUGAAAGCAAAAUCGGGAGGAAAGCUUGCAAAACAGAUUUGCAGAAUUGUGUUGGAUCAUUUUGACAAAGAGUAUUCCAGAGAACUUGGAGAGUCGUGGAAUACAGUAAGAGAUAUACUGACAUCUCCGUCACUGUGGCAGUAUGCUGUCCUCCUCAACCGAUUCAAUUACCCUUGUGAACUGGAAAAGGAUUUAUAUUUGAAGGGUUAUCACAGACUUUUUCAAGGGUCUUUACCAGACUAUCCUAAAUCAAUGAAAUGUUACCUCAAAAGAACUCCAGACCAAAUGCCUUCAGAAAGACAUCAAGUUGGGAACCUGAAAAAAUACUAUCUUCUGAAUGCUGCUUCUCUUUUCCCAGUACUGGCUCUAGAAUUAAGGGAUGGAGAGAAAGUUCUGGAUCUGUGUGCUGCUCCUGGAGGCAAAUCAGUGGCACUGUUGCAGUGUGCAUGGCCAGGUUAUCUUCAUUGUAAUGAAUAUGAUAGUCUGAGAUUGAGAUGGCUGAGGCAGACAUUAGAAUCCUUCAUCCCACAGCCUUUGCGAAACGUAAUUAAAGUGUCUGAAUUGGAUGGCAGAGAAAUAGGAGAUGCUCAGCCUGAAACAUUUGACAAGGUGUUAGUUGAUGCUCCAUGUUCAAAUGAUCGAAGUUGGUUGUUCUCUUCGGAUUCUCAGAAGGCAGCCUGUAGGAUACAUCAAAGGAGAAACUUACCUGUUCUACAGUUAGAACUCUUAAGGUCUGCAAUCAAAGCCCUACGUCCUGGAGGGUUACUUGUGUACUCUACAUGCACACUUUCCAAGGCAGAAAAUCAAGAUGUGAUCACUGAAGUUUUAAACUCCUACAGUAACAUCGUGCCUAUGGACCUUAGGGGAUUCACAAAACAUUGCUCCCAAGACUUCACAUUUGCUCCCACUGGCCAAGAAUGUGGGCUCCUGGUGAUUCCAGAUAAGGGCAAAGCCUGGGGCCCAAUGUAUGUGGCUAAACUGAAAAAAUUAUAAAGCAUGGGAAAAUGAUGACAUGAUUUUUUUUCAAAUGGCUGCAGAAGUCCAGCCAUUGAAUAACAAAAGCUUCCCCACUCUCACACUCUCACAUCACCCUGACAAUCAUGGGUCCAGUCGUGUGAGUGGGGGCAACAGAAAGCCAGGGACCUGAAACUUUUAAACCAUGUUGAUUCAUUACUAUAUUUAUUAUUUUGUGUAUUGUAUUCCAAUUAAUGUUUAAAUAAUUAAUUAUACAGUCACUUUUCCUAGAUCUGUUUGCAAUUCUAUUAAGUUAAUACUUUACCAUUUCAGAACUUAUGCUUAAGAGUUUUUCAGUUGUAUAUUUUCCUAGAUAUAUAUCUGUAGCAACGAUAUAAGGUGGCACAGAUGGUAUUUGUUCUGUGUAAUAAAUCUGGUGUCUCUUACCUGGUAUUUUAUGGUUAAAUUAAUCAGAAUACAUGGUUUUGUGCAUAAAAUGUUUAGAACUAUAUUCUGUUCAUGGUGCUUUUAACCCUUUAAAGAUGCUCCUUGCCAACACACUUACUGUUUCCCACCUAAUCAGAUGUACAGAUUUUUUGGUAAGAACUGAUUGUUAUUCUGAGGCUAGCUUCUUAAGCAGCACAGUUUCUAAUUAUAGCAAAAUAGAUUUCUUAUUUGCAAAGUUGUUUUCUGUUAAGAAGUGUCUUCUGUUUACUGCAAAGGUCAGUGACUCUAUUGACACCAGGUUUAUUUCCCUAAUUUUUUUUUCCAUAUUCACAAAUACUAAUUGAAAGGGUAAAUUAUGUUGAAAGGCCUUUGGAACAGCAGACUCACAUGCGCAGAUUUGACUUUCCACAUUAAGCUUAUAAAAUAAUGGAGUCUAUCCAGCAAGCUGUAAAGCAAGUACUUGAAACAAAACCAGAAUGAUUAAUAACUGCAAUAACUGAACUAUAUUUGGAGAGUUUUGUUACAUAAUUACAGUCAUAAUGAGCACUACAGAAUCUGAUUAUCUUAUAGGUAUAAUGUGGAGGGGCUUUUUAUUUCACUCUGAUAAAAUAUUACAUGAGAGUAUGGUGUCACAUAUUAAUGCACAAGAAGGAAAUGACUAGUGAGAGUGGAUGAUGCUGUAAACCCAAUACCAUUUUGUAACUGGCUCUUUCUGUUUACAUAUCCUAGGAAUACUGUGGGUAUGUUUUGUAUGUAUUUAAGAUUUUAGUUUCAGUUUUGGAGCAUGUGUUUUGUGUAACUGCUUUACUUGAGUCCAACCAUAUUUUUCCAACUAAUAAGAAAAAUCAUGCAGCAUACUUCAAUGUAAAUUUGGAAAUUAGCCUUUAAAAAACUCUUCAUGAUUAUAGAAAUAUAAACUUUUGCUGAAGCCAAAUAUUUUUGUAUCCUUUUAUUUUGUUCAUUUAAAUUAAAGCUUAUUUGAUAAUUA